CCAAGUCUCGUCUUGUUAGCAAACAAAUUGCAAAAAUCCAGUUUACGCCGACAUUAUUGUUCUUCUUAUCCCGUCCCCAUCUCCACUUUUCGAACCCCGUCGCCACCCCCAGGGUCACGGUCACACGAGGUCUCAAGAGGUCAGGACAACAGCAAUAACUUUGGUGAUAACUUUCCUGUGCUAUUGUGACAAUCUUAGCCGGUGAGAGUAACAGAUAGCUAAAAAGUAAUCCAAUUCCACAGCCGACCGCGUCGUCGCUAUUGCACCCCCAGCAACCCAAAAGUCCGGCGGAGGGAAGAUGGUUCGAAAUUAUGUACGAAAGACGGAGGAUAAGUGGACUAAGGAAGACCUCCUCGACGCUCUUACCAACAUUAAGGACUCCAAGAUCAAGAUUAACGAUGCGGCCAAAGAGUAUCAAAUCUCGAGAGCUACACUGUACCGGCAGUUUAAAAAGUUCCUUCAAGCCGGAGGAAAAAUUGAUGUGAAUCAAUUCAAGACUUGCGGUGGGAAUCCGAUUUUAAGCAAGAUUGAAGAGGACGUCCUGGUCAAGACGAUUCUUGACCUGCGCGAACAAGGCUACACCGUCACUUCCACCGAUAUCAAGCGCAUCUGUUACGAGUACUGCGACACGAACGGGAUUCCAAACCAAUUCAAUGCAGAGAAACGUUUAGCUAGUGACGACUGGUAUUACGGCUAUUUGAAGCGACAUCCAGAAAUUAGGACGAUUGAUCCAUCCGCCCCCGUUCCGGCCCCGAAGGCUACAAAGAAAUCAAAAACUGUCGUUAAGACGGAGCCUUUGAUAUUAGUUAAACAAGAGUUGGCCAGCAAUGGCCACGAAGUGGGUGAGGAAGAAGUGGCAAUUGCCGUUGCCGCUGAAGACGACGGUCCGUCUACUUCUGCAGCAGCUGCGGCAAAAUCUGCAACAAUGGCGGCUGCUGGGACGAAACGUAAAGCUUCCCCGAAAAAAGGUGGACAGGGAAAGAAGGCUAAACAGGAUGUGGAGGGGGUAGAGGAGGUAGAACAGGAAAUUAACGGAGAGGGCGAUGCCAAUGGAGAAGAAGAAGUCGACUCGCAAGAGGAAGUAAUUGAGGAAGUGCACACGGAACGAGAUGAGGCAGAGGAUGAAGGUGAUGACGAAGAAGCAUUGGAGGAGGAGGAGGAAGAUGAAGGCGAAGGAGAAAACGGUCACGAUGAAGAAGUAGAUGACGAAGAACAAGGAGAAGUGGAGGAGGAUGACCAGGUGGAACAAGAAGAAGGUGUCGAGGAGGAAGAGGAAGAUGGCGAACAAGAAGUUGAAGAUGAGGAUGAAGAACAAGUCGAAGAAGAGGAAGAGCCUGCAGAGAAGCCGGUCACCGGACACAUGGGGACUCGUUCCCCUAAAAAGUAAACUUAUGUACGAUGAUACCCACGAUAUAACGCUGCGGAUUACUAUGCAGAUUAAGUCUUAAUUUUUAGUGAAAGAUUCCCACUUUUUCCUUCUGUAUUCUGACAUUUGUCGAUUUUUGGGGCUUUUGAUUUAUAACCUAAAUUUGAUUCAGAUUAACUAAUUAUUAGUUAUUAAUAAGUACACGCUACUUUCAUAACUUAAGAAAUACUUUGAUUAAACAUGUUACAUUUUCUAUCUCGUAGCCUUAAUUCUGCUGUUUAGAUUAUAUAACAAUGUUUAAUUGCGAUUGAAUUUGUACCAUGAAAGCGAAAAAGGUGAUUAUAAAAUUACAAUUAGGUGCAGAUAUAGAUUUUGUUGUCAAAAACGAAAAUAUGUUUGGAGGUCGUAAUUAGUUUGUAAUGGUAGUUGUCAAAUUGACAUUUUGAAAAGAUUAUAAAAGCAAAGUUAAAGAAGUAAAAUCAUAAAUUGUGCAAAUUUAACGAGCUACAAGUAGAUUAUCGAUUAUAUUGUCGUUUUAUAUCUGUAAUGCAUGACGUUUAACUUUUUAAGAUUUAGCAAAUUUAACUUGAACAUAAAAUAUGUGAGUGUACACAUACAUUUAUUAUGUAACCUGUUACAUAUGCAUGCGGAGUUAUCCACCAAGUUGAGUAUAUUAUUAUUCAUAAAUUGGUUAAGAAUCCAUAUCACUAUAUAAACAUUUGUAUUUGUACAUACAUAAAAGUAGAGUCAAGAGAGUAUAUGUAAUAAAUAGUAAUUAAAAACCAG